AGCGGUAUCUGACUAACCCGCUGGUUACGCGGGAUAUCGGUGAAGAGGCAAUAUCCCGAGCAGAAGCAGUUGGAUACAAUUUCAGACGGUGUAGAGGGGUAACAACAACAGAUCACCCCCCAAUCCUAGUGGGUUGAUUGCGCUCAUAGUAGGCUGCGCAGGUCUGGCACGGGGCGGGUUAUGUGUCACUCACUUCACGCCUCCCUGAAUAGAUCGAAUCGAAGGGCUGAGGACGCGCGUGUUCAAGCAGAAGGAGAAACCCACAUCACAACACCGUUAUACUCAUAUCUCCGAACCAACCACAGACCGAAUGUGGAAGGGAAGAACUUGAUGCCAAGAACCGUAAAUGAACCACGGAUUAUCAUUUCAAUUUGAAUCCGAAAUAGAGUGUACUGAAUCGCCGGCCAAUAGACAGAUUUGGGUGAAAGGUGUAUGGACGUGGUGCUAAAGAGGAAUUGACGGGAAAACCCGCGGUCAGCACACCAAUUUGUUGGAGGGGAGAAUAUAGGACUGCCUACAGAGCAGAAGCGGACUGGAGAGAGUGAGAGAGAUAGAGAGAGAGGGAGGACGGAGUGCAGUGAAGUGAGUAGAUUGUGGUUUCUCCCGUUGCUGUCAUGUUCGCUGGCUGUUCAAAGAGGGAUUAAAAUGACGCAUGUUUUGCAGAGCUCCAAACUGUCAUACACGUUGAUGCAGUCAGUCACGAGAUGUGCAGCAGGGGGAGCUGAGCCUCGACCCGGGCAGUGAACAGUGUAAAGGUGCGCAGCAGUGACAGGGAAUCCGUCUGGAUUUAACGCACGAUAUUUUGUGAACAGCGGGGAUAUUAAAGUUGCAUUCGUGUCUUUUAUUUAUUUAGAUUAUUCCUAAUUUAUUCAUCACAAAAGGGGGUUCGUUGGGGAAACGCACCAUUGAACAAAGGAUUUAGGAGAAACGACAACUGUAACCCAAUUCUGCCAUUCUGAGUGCGUCUCCCUUCUGGCGUGUCAAAUCGGGACAGUUUCCAGAAGAGAAAAGAUACGGUUGAAUACAGAGUGUUCUCUGUCUGGUUCCUAACCCGGGAGAGUUUUGAACACAGUUUUAUCACCUACCUAACCCAGGAGAGAGUUGAAUAAUUCGGUCGGGGGCGCAGAGCUGAUCCACAGCCGUGGGAAUGUGGGUGGAAAGUGUAAACGCAAACGAAGCAGGAGGGCUUCAACUCUAAAAUGUGACUUUUUCCAAUACAUCCCCGCUAUACAAGUAACACGUGCAUUCUGCAAUCGUUUCCAUCGGAUUUGUUUACGUCGCACAAGAGAUGGCGUUCUUCCCUGUCCUCCUCCUCCUCCUCUCCGUGGUCCAGCGUGGUUCCUCCCAGGACCCUGAUGAGGACACGUUGGCAGUGCCCCGGGGGUGUGGCUGGGGCCUGGUGCGCCCCUACACCCUCCUCUGCGACCUGGACUCUGUUUGGGGCGUGGCGGUCGAAUCUGCAGCGGCCGGCGGCGCCCUGGCUGCCAUUUUACUGGGCCUGAUCAUCCUCUGCAGACUACAUCAUGUGAGCGAGGCGGAGAAGCGCAGCGGCGUGGGACCCAUUCUCCUCCUGCUCCUGGGCAUCCUGGGCCUGUUCGGCCUCAGUUUCGCCUACCUCAUUGAGCGUGACGAACAGCUGUGUCUUCUGCGCCGUGCCCUCUGGGGCCUGCUCUUUGCCCUGUGCUUCUCCUGUCUGCUGGUGCAGGGUGUGCGGCUCCGGAGGUUGGGCAGCGAGCGCCGGAGCCCGGGGGGCUGCACUCUGACCGGCCUGGCACUGGGGCUGAGCGCCGUUCAAGGGAUCAUCGCCGCCGAGUGGCUCCUGCUCACGGUGCUCAGGGAGGGCAGAGCGGCCUGCCAGUACCUGCCUCUGGACUUCUCCUUAGCCUGUAGCUAUGUGCUUGCGCUACUGCUAGCCGCGCUGGGGGCGGCCUCCUUCGCUCUCUGUGGGAAGACCCGGCAGUGGCGCUGUAACGCGGUCUGGCUCCUCUCCGCCUGUCUGUUGUCCCUCCUCCUCUGGGUUGCCUGGGUGGGCUUCUAUCUCUACGGUAACGCCUGGCUGGGGCGGUCCCCGGACUGGGACGAUCCAGCAUUGGCGAUAGCACUGGUGGCACAGGGUUGGCUCCUCCUUCUGUUCCACGCCGUGCCCGAGGCACACUCCUGUCUCUGCUCCCCGCCACAACCCUCUGCCCCUGACUAUUUUGACACGUCCCAGGCUCCGUCCCGCAUGAGGGAGACCAGCUUCGACGAGGACAUCCCCCUCUCACACAGGCAGUUUCCAGAGAACCAGGGCUACGGCUUUGACGAAAACACUGCAGGUCUGAGGAGUGCAGGUCAUCAUAAUGGUAACACAGCGCCCAGACCCAGUGCCCCCUUCCGCAGCAACGUGUACCAGCCCACUGAGAUGACCAUGAUCCUGAAUGGGGGAGCGGUCCCCUCCGCACCCCCGACCUAUACGGGGCGGCAGCUGUGGUGAAGGACAGAGAUGAAGAAGAAGAGGAAGGAAGAAUGGGGUGAUGAAGAAGGGAUGAAGGGUCCUUGGACAGAGGAAUAACCCAGAGAGGAUAACUAUAACAUGGACACCAUCAGGACCCCCCCCCCCCCCCCCCCCCCCAGAUCUCUAUGUGCGUAUGGGGACAGACAGUUAAACAGAUGACUUACUGAGGGCUUACACACACCACCCACCCUGUGUUAAUCAAAUACACUAACCAACCACUGAAUGAGUGUGACUGAGGGGGAGAGCAGGUAUGGAGGACAGAUCAAAACAUUACAGGUAGUUUUGAAGUUAAAUCACUGUAGGAGAUAUUCAACUUAAAAACAAUCCUAUUUUGGUUGCAAAUGCUGUGGAGGUUUGAAAUGUUGACUGUCAGGUUUCUUUUGUAUGAGUCAAGUUUACUCCCACGAGACUACUAAGCCACUGUAUAACUUCUGAAAAACUGUGAAACCUUUCUCCCUUUUGAGAUAUUUGCUCUGUUUUUGUUUAUUUUGGGAGAAACUCUUCUAAAGCAGAAUGUUUUGCUCUGUUCUCCAUCCUCCUGUAGGUACGGUACCUUACAGCCCUGUACCUCACCACAGCCCAUCACACAAUAGAAUAACACACGGACAAGUAUGGCUAAACUCCAACCUCUCUAGCCAGUGUUCUGUCCUCCAUCCUCCUGUAGGUACGGUACCUUACAGCCCUGUACCGCACCACAGCCCAUCACACAAUAGAAUAACACACGGACAAGUAUGGCUUAAACUCCAACCUCUCUAGCCAGUGUGUGCCUACAGGUAACUGCCAAAAUAAAGGAAACACCAACAUAAAGUGUCUUAAUAGGGUGUUAGGCCACCAUGAGAACAGCUUCACUGCACCUUGACAUAGAUUCUACAAGUGUCUGGAACUCUGUUGGAGGCAGGCGACACCAUUCUUCUAUGAGAAAUUGAUGGUGGUGGAAACACUAUCUCAGGCACCGCUCCAGAAUCUCCCAUUGGUGUUCAAUUGGGUUGAGAUCUGGUGACUGAGACAGACGUGGCAUAUGGUUUACAUCAUUUUCAUGCUCAUCAAACCAUUCAGUGACCACUCGUGCCCUGUGGAUGGGGGAAUGAUCAUCCUAAGGGGGGAUAGUUAUGGUAGCCAAAAUAAUGGCCUGCUCAGCAUUUUUAUACCUGACUCAAAGAAUGAUGGGAUGUUAAUUGCUUAAUUAACUCAGGAACCACACCUGUGUAGAAGCACCUGCUUUCAAUAUCUAAUUUUAGGGAUGGGCAUUUGAAAUAAUUUCACUAUUCGAAUAAUAUCAUGAUUUUUGUGGGGAGAUAUCUGGAUAGUCGAGUUGUUUAAACUUGGGAAUUAGAUUGCUGUGCAGCCUGUGCUACUUGCGUCCCGCUUGCUUGCGUGUGUGAUUGGCAGGUGCCAGUGAGUUUUACGAGAGAGAGAGAGAGAGUAGCCAUACAGACUAAUUAAACAAAUUUGUAGAUUCCAUAGGUUAUCUAUCAUCCCAUCUGGUAGUGCCUGUCUUGUAUGCAUCAAAUCAAUCUAAAGAAGCUAGCUAUGUUAGCCAGCUAUAUUAGCCAGCUAGCUAGCUACCUAGGCUAAACGUACUUAAGGUUAUUUUGCUGUGCUUCCCGUCCUUGUCUACAACAACUCCAUUCAGAUUAAACAACAACUUACCUGAUGGUUUCUGGUAGUUGUAGCCUACUCCUUCUCAUUUAACUGACUAAAUUCUGUCAUUUUAAUUCCAUUUUGCAUUGAUUAGAGAUCUCCCACGUUGCUUACUACACACAGAGCCACUGAGUGUAGACGGUGCCACUUUGAUUGGCCGACAGUAUCACACACGUGAAACCCGUGUAGGCUACUAUGGUAUGUACUUUAUGUCAUAAAAACUACAUUCAAAAGAUAGUUUUAUUGAAUUAAAAUGUUCAAAUGUCAUGGCAUAUCCUUGUGUGUAGCAUUGUCUCAUAAAUAAUUACAUUUAGACAAAGACUUUUCAUUGUUAAAAUAGACUAAAAAUGAAUACUCUCACAAGUAUUCAAAUACUAACGUCCAUUUGGAUAUUUGAAUAUCCGAAUAACCGUGCCCAUCCCUACCUCAUUUACUCAAGUGUUUCCAUUAUCUUGUCAGUUACCUGUGUAUAUAUGUGUGUGUGUACCUCAUCUAUAUUGGCUCUACUCCAAGACUCUGGACCCCAAAAAACUAAAAUACCCCUUGCUUCACCAACCCCCCCACCCCACCCCACCCCACCUCCCUCUGAGUAACCUGGACUGACUUUUACUUAGAACCUGGAAUCACUACUACUGAGUAACCUGGACUCACUUUUACUGAGUAACCUGGACUCACCUCUACUGGGUAACCUGGACUCACCUCUACUGAGUAACCUGGACUCACCUUUACUGAGUAACCUGGACUCACUUUACUGAGUAACCUGGACUCACCUCUACUGAGUAACCUGGACUCACCUCUACUGAGUAACCUGGACUCACCUCUACUGAGUAACCUGGAUCACCUCUACUGAGUACCUGGAUCACCUCUACUGAGUAACCUGGACUCACCUCUACUGAGUAACCUGGACUCACCUCUACUGAGUAACCUGGACUCACCUCUACUGGGUAACCUGGACUCACCUCUACUGAGUAACCUGGACUCACCUCUACUGAGUAACCUGGACUCACCUUUAUGAGUAACCUGGACUCACCUCUACUGGGUAACCUGGACUCACCUCUACUGAGUAACCUGGACUCACCUCUACUGAGUAACCUGGACUCACCUUUACUGAGUAACCUGGACUCACCUCUACUCAUCUCGUCUUUCCACUUGUCUAACCCCGAACUGUGAACCCACCCAGGCUGCGGUCCAACUAACCAUAACGACAAUAUGACCGCAAACUACUAUACACCUAUCCAGCUCACCUAGCACCUGGCGGACAGAGCUAAGCUUCUACUGGACGAACAGUAGGAACCGGGGGAAUCCGGGGAUGCUGAUUGGAUGGACAGGAUGUCAGUCAGUGAGGAGGGGAUUUCGAUUGGACAGACAGGGUGUCAGACUGGGACUGUGUAUAUAGGUCAGACAGGCUGUAUUUUCCCACCAUGUUCUCCUGUGACCACAGAGACUUUCUGAACCAGCAGGACUGAACCAACGGUCCUUUUAUAUCAGAGAGAAAUGGGUCGGCGGGGAGGAGAUGGACUUCCCUUUUACUGUUUUGUUUUUUCAAACGUGUGUGUGUGUGCAUAGAGAUAAAAAACAUGUUCUAUCUGUUUGUGUGUGUGUGUGUGUGUGUGUGUGUGUGUGUGUGCACGCUUGUGCGUGUGUGUGUGUGUUAUUGAUUUUAUCAGUGUUGGGAGGAUAUACAACAACUGUGCAAUACACAGCUCCAGUCCUGUUCCAGUCCUGGCUGUGCCUCUCCCAUUUCCUCCAGACUGGUUUCCAGUGAGCCUGAGAAAUGGAUCCAGAGUUCCAGACGUCUUGGUCAGCUUCAGAUACACAACCCCAUACUGUCAGCCUAUAUAUAGACAAGCCCUGACUGGGGUGUGGAACUGCCUGUCCUGGUCCCUGUGAAUGAUCAGAUAUAGUAUACUGUGAGAUCAGCUAUAAGCCUGUGGGGAGGACUGGAGAAGAAAGGGGGGAUGGGUAGCUAGAGAGAGGAAGGGAGGAGCCAGUCCAGAGGGGUUACAAUGGUCUAUGUGACGGCUACAUCGCUUUGACUCCCCCCCAAUCAGCAAACAUAUCUGUGUGACAAAAUGGCUCUUUCCCCAGUGUGUGUGUGCCUGUCUAUGUGGAAGGCAGCACUGCUCUGUGCUGUCCUCCUUAUCUGAGAAGCCUCUCCCCCUCCUCUCGUCCGUCUGUGCUGGUAACUACCGUUUUCUGUGCCAAGAAAGACUCUUGUGUUACAGCAAGGUCUCUGUUUUCAGUCUCCCUCUCCCUUACAUACUUACCAGCUCUCCCCUUACGAGAGAGACUGUAUAUAGUAGUGCUGUAUAGCUUGUUUUGGUUAGAUUUCUUUUUGACUGUAGAGGAUGAUUUUUUUAGACACCAGCCUAAUAUAUUAUAUAAACCACUGGGCAUCUGACUAGUGUAAUAAUGAUUAGAUUUUAAUUUAUCGGAUUUGUGACUGGAUUGAUUUUAUUGUUAUUAUUUCAUUUUUUAUUUUUCUCUUGCUGGUGUCUUUCUUUGUUCUUUUUAACUAGUAUUUUAAAACAUAUUUCAAGAUGCUAGCCAUGUUUUUAAUUUGAUUUGAUUUGAUUAUUAACGUUGGAAAACACAACGGUCUGUCUGUGAGGCAUCUAGCUAACUUUGGGUGUGGUUUUUCCUACUUGCGACAACUUUGGAAAUCUCCUAUACAGUAUCCUCUGUCAAAACAUGUUUCACUGUCUGUUGUAACAGUUUUAUUAUAUGGGGAAACGUAAUACAUUUUUCAGAGAUAUGACAUUCGUUGCAUAAUGCUAAUCAAAAAUACUUGUUGUUUUGCACUUCAUAGAUAAUGACUACUGUGUCUGUGAUAUAAUAGAGUGAUGCAGAGAGUAGAGCAGUGAUGGUAGAAUUACCUCUGAUCUAUGACCUAUGACCCGAAGGGUGUUUUGGUGUAAUCCUGGGUCAUUGGGCUACAGGAUGUCUCUUCACUGGGGGGUGGGUAGCAGUGGAGGCUGGUGGAAGGAGCUAUAGGAGGACAGGCUCAUUGUAAUGUCUGGUAUUAAAUUAACGGAACAGAGUCAAACAUUUCCAUAUGUUUGAUACCAUUCCAUGUAUUGCAUUCCAGCCAUUACAAUGAGCCAGUCCUCCUAUAGCUCCUCCCACCAGCCUCCACUGGUGGGUAGGUAGGCAGGCACUACAUGUAGGCCUAACCAUAGAAAUAUAAUUACUAGAUUGGUUAUUCUGUAUAUGGCCCUAACCCACAGCGCUGCAUGCCAAGGCAGGCUUUGCUCGGGCCUCUCCGGGGCAGACCCAGGCCCGUUCUGACUGCACUGUGCCAGGCUCCAGUGGGACAGGCUACAGGCCUCAGAGUGCUGGCAUAGGAUCAGUUCUGCCUUUUAGAUAAUACUGAAUAAGAUUAUAUGGACAGGAGAGACCUGAUCCUAGAUCAGCACUCCUACCCUAAGAUGCUUUGUGAAUACGGGUCCUGUCCUCAGGGCUGUGGGUGGACAACAAGCAAGGAACAACUGUGGAGAUUCACCCUCCCAGAACCGAAGAGGGGCGGGUUUCAAUUCUUCAAUCUUGUGAUGUUUUCACUCAAUGUGGAGUACAAAAAAAAAGUAAAAAGUUACUGUUACUUAGUAGAUUUUUGCACUCGUCGAUGACUACCUAUCUGUGCAUGCUCAUCACCAUUUAUAUACAUGUAAGUACCUUUCUCUCAGACGUACUGUUAAAUACUAAUUCUAUUUAUGUGAAGGUCAUGUGACAAAUCAUAUUUUUUAGCGUAUAUCAGAUGACAGUUUUAUGUCUGUGCUUUCUUGAACACGAGAGAGAGAUAAAGACGGUUGUAUAAGAGACACGGUAGAGAACUGUAGGGGGUGUCAGGGGAUAGGGUCCAAAACAGGCCAAAGGGCCCACAAAUAACCUGUUGGAGUUGCUUGUGACAUCAUCAGAUUACCCAAAUACUGUACCCCCUGCCAGUUUGGAAGGAAAUCUCUAUGAAAUUACUAAAGAUCUAGAUCUUCAUGUCUGUGUUUAUAAAGAUGCUAUGAACAAAUUAGGGUGAGAUUUUACACAUACUACUGUUCCGUCAAGUUAGUUUUUCCCCCCUGGGCAGCCCCAUUAGUAAACACCCCUCCUGUCUGGGUUUGACAUGUCCUUGACUUGUCCACUCCUGAAUUGGCUUGCCUUCACACUGUUCCAUUCGGGGCAUCCGACGGGGGUGGUAUUGGUUGUCACAGAUGUGACUGUGCAGUGACGCAGCAUGCCUAUGUAUAGAACUAUGUUUCCCCUGAUUAGAAGAACAACCAGUUAACUCUCAGAUUCUGUAACCCAUUCAGGCAAACGUUCAAUAAAGUGUCAUGUUUGUAGUUAACGCC